GCGAAUUUUAAAGUGAAUCCAUUUUUAUGGAGGGGGAAGAGGACGAAGCACCAAUUUCUCCCACUGUAGCUGAUUGUACUAGACUACCUAACGUACUUACUGAUUGUACACGACCCCCCGCCUAAUAUAUAAGCAAGCUCACCUUUCUCGCUGUCGCGUCCCGAUCGAAUGCUUCCCUCCCUUCCGUUUUCUCUUGACUAUAUUACUUCCGUACAGUAGAAACCUUCCCGUUUGCAUCUAUUCACCAGAAAGCCAUUCUCAGAUCCAAUUGAUCAUUUCAACUGAUUACUUGCAUCCCUCCAAUAACGCGUUAUCUAACCAACAAACACAUUCGAAAUGGGUCCCAAGAAGGUAGACGGAGCUCCCAAGCCCAAGAGCACUCAUGCUUCCUAUCAGGACAUGAUUACUGAUGCCAUUGUUCAUCUCAAAGAGAGAAAUGGUUCCAGUCGUCAACAACUCAAGAAAUAUGUCAGGGCAAACAACACCAUCAAUGUCACAGACAAGAUGUUCGACUCUCUAUUCAACAAGGCCUUGAAGGCUGGUGUUGAUAAGGGUCUUUUCGAGCAGCCCAAGGGACCUUCCGGUGGUACUAAGCUGUCCAAGAAGUCUAAGCCUGCCGUAGCCAAGCCGGCUGCCAAGAAGGAGACUGAGAAGGAUGCUCCCAAGAAGGCUGCCCCGAAGAAGGAGACCGCUACUAAGAAGGCUGCCGCACCAAAGAAAGCAGCAGCUCCCAAGAAGGAAGCCACUGAGAAGAAGCCUGUAGCGAAGAAGGCUGCUGCUGCUGCCGCCGCCCCCAAGAAAGCUCCUGCUGCUAAGAAGGCGGCACCCAAGAAGGAUGCUCCCGCUGCUGAGGACAAGCCUGUUGCUUUGACGAAGACCAAGGCUGGUAGAGUCACGAAGACUGCGACGGCAGCUAAGCCAGCUGCUAAGAAGGCCGCGCCCAAAAAGGCCGCUGCACCCAAGAAGGAAAAGGCACCAAAGAAGGAAGCAAAGGCUGAAGCUGCUGCAUGAACAUUCGCAUCUUGAUUUGUGUCAUUCGAAUUGUGUGUUGGGGUUUGGCGGUUUAAUGGCGUUCGGGGAACAGGGUACAAAGUUACGUGUGCGUCUUUACUGCGCCAUGGAAUUCGGCGUGUUUUUUGGAAGGGUCGGUAAGGAUUUCAGUGAAAGGGGGGCGAUAAUAGCUCCGAAGCGUUGCAGAUGUGUCCGACAUACCUUCAGCGGUGCCAGCGGCUCGUGUGCAUAUUGUCCUUCCCUUAGCGGGAUCAUGGUUAUUUCGGUUGGAUUGCACAUAUUCCCCAGUCAUGGCAUCUGUUAGAGGAUGGGUAUGGAACUGACGACAUCAUGAGUAUACUUAUAAUUAUACCAAUGAAAAUGAGGGCCUUCGCACGGCUUCCGACCUAUGUUUAAGUCUUGUCGCGGUUGUGAAGUUUCUAUGUAAUCCUGGUUAACGCGUUUGCUCACUAUCGAUUUGUUUACGGCCUGGCUAGGUAGGAUUGCGGGGCUGCUACCGGUGUUGAUAAUAGUUAUCACGUGCGGUGAGAGGGGCUCUUAUAUUAAAUCUGUUAUGGACUCCUAACAUGGUGCGUCCCAACGAUUCUGAUUGGUUGUAAGGAGCUUACCCCGGUAAAUGCAGACUAUUACCGUAAACAAGCGUGUGUGGCUCUGUCAACAAAUUCAUAUUUAACAGCCGUAUCUAAGUCUUGAAACAUAUACUUCGUUUAAAUUGGUUGU